AUGGCAAAAAUCUACAGCCCUACAGAGUCUGAGUGGUACCCUGAGUCCCUGAUUGCUGUUUUCCAGAGGUAUGCUGGAAAGGAUGGGAACGACUGCAAACUCUCCAGGUUGGAGUUCCAAAGCUUCAUGAAUACAGCACUGGCUGCCUUCGCAAAGAACCAGAAGGACCCCAGUGUCCUUGAUUGCAUGAUGAAGAAACUGAACCUCAACUCUGAUGGGCAGCUAGAUUUCCAAGAAUUUUUUAAUCUUAUUGGUGGCCUGGCUGUGGCUUGUGAUGACUCCUUUAUAAAAGCUACCCCUUCAGGCACAUCCCUGAGGCCCCCUGGACCUGCUCUGUAA